UAUGCAUCGCUUAAUAAAAGCCGACCGCGGAUGUGGAAUGCCAACUCAGCGCAACCCCACGACCAUUGGCCUGCAUUGCAUUCGACUGUCCUCGAAACGUCAGAAAAAUUGAAGGGAGUAACCAGACGGAGCCGCGGACCGGUCAAGCUCGCUUCCAGCAGUUUCUCGUGUACAAAGUGGCCUAUUUUUUUGUGUUUUCCGAUCGGCGGGGUUUGGGUUUUUUUUUUCUUCGCUCAGUUGGACUUCUCCUCUCGUCAGCCAACAAGCGCACCAAGAAGACCGCAACUGCGUAAGGACCUCAAUUUCCAGGUGACCCUCUCCCCGCUCUGGGCUCUAGUGGCCUAGAAAAUGAGGUCGUCCGGAAGUAGACGGGCGACAUACGAGAACUGAGCAGAUGACUCGCGAAGAGUUACUACGCGCGGCAGACAAUGCCGACGAGGUUUCCGCCGGCCUGCAACUCUUCCUCGACAACAUACCACAGCGCCGGACCGACAUUGUAGAUUGCAUCCGAGAGCUGCUUGCCUUGGGCUCCGCUAUUCGAGAGAUUGCCGACGAACAUCCGAACUAUGAGAUGGUAACGCCGAAGUUGACUUCAGAUGUGCACAUGUGCAUCCGGAGUCUAGAGCUCACGUUAAGAAAGGUCCGGGUGAUGUUCGGGGAGACCAGACAUCUCAAAUACUCUGGCGAGCGCCCUUAUGCAAGGGCGUGGGAAGAACUCAACGGACACUUCACGAUUAUAGAAGGUGGCCUUUCAUUGAUGGCUCGGCUAGAGACUUACGACGUUUUCCUUCAGGUCAUCCUAAGCGUUUUAGGAGGUCCCGACAGCGCCUACGUCGAUAAGGAAUUUAUCCUGCAAUGCCGGCACCGUAUAUCAUCUCUACUUCGGAGUCAAGAGUCGAUAGAAGAUAUCAUUUCUGGCCUGUCAUUUCAAGACCCUCAAGAAUGGUCACCGCCACCCCGUAUGCCGAUGCCAUGGCUGGAUGAAUUCUCUUUUCCGAGACUUCAGCCGAUGAUGCCGCCAAUGUCUCCAAUAUGGUCAGAUCUCUCAGACGACGGUAUACCUCCUCCCGCUCCAGACCCACCUUGGAUCCCGUUUUCCCCUCCUGCGCCAGACAUACCGACGACCAGAUGGUCCAGUAAUUCGUCUGCUACUCGGGUUCCAAUUUCGCACUGGGCUAUGAAGGUCUUUGAGUACGUACGCUCUGGGACCCCACUUUCAAAUGGAUAUGCUGGCUCCCAAUGCUUUGGCCGAGAAGAACCGCCAGACCUUUUUCAACGCCUUGCGACCGACAGUUUCAUUGAAGUGGUCAGGCUACCGCUGGAUGGAGCCAAAUUUUGGGUCAGCUUAUACUGGCGUCCCGCGAAUCAUAGAGCCCGCUUGGUGUGCACAAGCAAAAAGGAUGCCGGUCUCGUUGUCUCUUCUUGUAUUCCACUCUCAGCUCUGAAACUCACCAGGUGUGGGUCAGCGUUGGCGCUGUGGAGGCUUGAGCGUGAACCCAAGGACUUUAAGCUGUGGGCGAGGUUGGAGUUUCAAUUUUAUGAGCCGCUGGUGCUGUUCUACUGUACCUUUACGGCGAUGAAAGAUCAAGACCCCUACAAAUGUCCAAAGCUACUUCGGGACAAAUACCAUUCGCUCGAGAAUGACAAAGUAAAUGAAAAAGAAGAAUACUCCGGCGAGAUCAAGGAUGACACCAUGCUCCACGCUCUGCGGAUAUACCGUGAUAUGGAUUCGAAAUGUUUUCGAUUGGAAGCUCGCCCGCGUCGUGGAUUGCACACCGAGACGCCAAUAUGGACGGCAUUUAUCACCAAGGACAUGACCAAACCAGACUGGAUACGUAUCGUCUCAUCUAAAGUGUUGCAACUCAAUGAGUUACAUCCAUACGUAUUCUGUCCUAAUUACUCGCCUCCCCAGGGCAAGAAGGGUAAAUAUCAAUUGCAUUUCACUACAGCAAGAGACGCAGAAAAAUUCUUAAUUAUGGUUCAUACCCUAAAAAAACUUGCCAGGAAAUAACGCAUUUGCAAUGACUUCGAAUUUCACGAUUUACGACCGCAACGACCUCAUUAAACGCCAUGACCACUCUAACGACUUACGACUCAGAAUGUUCGAUACCCCCUUGUACUUUGACAAAAUAUGUACAUCAGCGAUCUCCUCUGACGGAGUCCUUAUCUGUUCUACUAGUUGCUUUUUGUCACCGUCACAUAGGUUAAAAUUGAUAGCGUUUUAGUUCAGCCUAUGCUUGCUAAGUAUGUAAAGCUCCUUACUUUCAUACAUUUUCAUGAUGGAACCAUGCCUCUCUUCAUCAUCUCUUGGACGGCAGGAAAAGUGUCACUGUACACCUCACUACGCUUCAUCUUGAAGCCAUCGUUCCCGCUUGGAUCACUAGAAUACCAGAAAUGGAACAUUCCCUG